AAAGAAAAACAAAGAAAAGUCAAGAUGAUUGCAUGCUAUUGCUGCUUUCAGCCCUGCCAUACCCUCCUCUGAGCAAUGAACACAAGGCCUGCUACCUGCUUGAGUCCGAAAGGGAAAGGGUGAAAAAAAAGGAGAAAGGAAAAAAACUAAACAGAAACAUGUUAACAUCUCAAAAUAUUCUGCCACAUUUGAAAUACGGGAGACUUGAAUUCAUUAGAGAACUUCCACUAGAAAAAAGGAAUUGUUCUUGAAAACGAGGUCUGUGCAGUUGCAUCCACUGUGUUGGACGUAGGUCCACUGAACGCUGUGAUGUCAUCAUUGAGGUCAGAGAAUCUGCUGAGGGACUGGUGACCUUUGACCCUUAACAGCCCCGCUGUGUAGCGAGCACGGGGCAGUGCUGCUCGUUCCCUAAGCGGUCUGAGUUCUUCAGCUGUUUAGGAGACAAAACUACUUUUAUUCGUACUGAAUCUUUUAAAUGAAUAUCCUGAGAGUCAAGAAAGGCCAAUCUACAGGAAAAAGGGGGAGCUGGACAUUAAGCAUCUUCUAGAAACUCUUCUAGCUGAUUCCAUGAAACGGCGACAGAAGAGGAAACAUUUGGAAAAUGAAGAGUCCCAGAAAACCGCUGAGAAGGGAGGAGGAAUGUCAAAGUCCAAAAAGGAUGUCCUGCUGUCUGGAUCCAGUGGAGUGGCCAAAGGCUGGAGCCAAGGGGUAGGAGAAGUCUCCUCUACCUCUGAAUACUUCUCCUGCAUUUCUUCUUCACGCAAGCUCAUCCAUGGUGGAAUCCACAGAAUACGUCAAGACAGCCCCCAGCUUCAAUCACCCCUAGCCCAAGUUCAGGAACGAGGAGUGACUCCUCCCUGCUCACAACAUGUCUCCUUGUCGCCCCAUUCAUCCUAUAAGACCUGUGUGUCCUCUCUGUGUGUAAACAAAGAGGAAAGGGGCAUGAAAAUAUACUAUAUGCAGGUACAAAUGAAAAAAGGUGUAGCUGUCUCCUGGGAGACAGAGGAAACUUCAGAGUCUUUAGAAAAGCAGCCAAGGAUGGAAGAAGUGACCCUUCCUGAGGUUGUGCGGGUAGGUACUCCCCCCUCGGAUGUGUCCACCAGAAACCUCCUUUCUGACAGUGAGCCCAGUGGGGAGGAGAAAGAGCAUGAGGAGAGGACAGAGUCAGACAGCCUGCCAGGCUCACCGGCUGUUGAGGAGAGACCCAGGGCCAAGACACCUGACUGGCUGGUGACCAUGGAGAACGGCUUCAGGUGCAUGGCCUGCUGCCGGGUGUUCACCACCAUGGAAGCCCUCCAGGAGCAUGUGCAGUAUGGGAUCAGGGAGGGCUUCAGCUGCCACGUCUUUCAUCUCACCAUGGCUCAGCUGACAGGCAACAUGGAAUCAGAGAGCACCCAAGAGGAGGAGGAGGAGGAAGAGGAUGACCCUGAGGAGGAGGAGGAGGAGGAGGAGGAGGAGGAAGAGAAGCCAGAAGAAAAGAAGGAGGAGGAGGAGCAGCCCACAGGGGAAGACCAUGGCCUGAGGAGAUCCUGGAGCCAAUGUCCAGGCUGUGUGUUUCACUCUCCAAAGGACAUUCCAAAGGACAGGAACAACUGAGACUUAUGGGCCAGAAGAUACUGGAAGAUGGUGUGGCCUUCUCUUGCAAGAGGUAAGGCCUGAGACUUGCGUGUUCUGAGGCGGUGUUGUGAGACCCAGAGGAAUCCAAGGGAAGGAGCUGCAGGGUUGCACAGGGUUACCUGGUGGCUCUGCAGCUGUAUCAACUUGUAAUGUUCCUAGUGCUUCUGGAGGAAUUGUCCUCCAUUUGCUUAGAUGAUGAGGUAAAGAGCAUUGACUGGAACUUUCUCAGUGUCUCCAUGAUUGUCCUCAAUUCUAAGAGGAAAUCCUGGAGCUCUUCUAGACAAAUAAAGCUCAGUGUAACCUCAAGGGCCAGGAUUGGCCUGAAAGGCCAGGGUGCCAGCAAGAUCAGAGGUAUGGAGUAUGAGGGCCUUUGGCCUGAGCUGGGAACUCACCUCAGCCCAUGGAUAUAGCCCUUGGGGAAAAGGGGAAUUUGGAGAGGUAACAGCAUGAUCCUGAUACAAUCCCAAGAGACCUGGAAAUGUUUCAGACCCUUCAUUUUGCUGCAGUUGAUCUGGAAAUGAACUCACUGUGGUAUGCAUUGCUCUGAGCUUUAAAACAAAGGUGAAGAGUAACUGACUAGCAAUGCUCAUAUUGUUUCUUGCCUCUUCCUGUUCUGCCUCAAUUGUUUUCUUCACUUCCAGGGAGAAGAAAGAGCCAUGGAGAUAGUAGCAGACAGACUGCCCAAGGUAUGAAGGAGUUGAGGGACCAGCACUCAGUCUAACAUGUAAACAUCAUAUGUAAUAAAGGCUGUGUUUCAAACCUU